AUUGCUAAAGUUGAGCACAGAUUUCUGCAGCGCCGCACAUGAGCUGCAGCUUGUUCCACAGGAAACAAGCAGAGGCAGCAACCAGCUCCUCCUUUUUAUUUCCGGGGUGGUGGGGUAAUGAUCUCCACUUUCACGCUCUACCUGGACCUCGUGAAUGCAUGUAGCCGAGCAGCGUUACACUCAAACCGACGACCACCACCGGAUCACGUCCGCUACGUCACACAGCACCGACAGCACCGACAGCAUCAGAUUAUCCCUGCGGAGAAUUACUCCUCGGAUUCAACAAUGGCUGUUUAAAACGUCCAUACAUCGCAGCCUUCCAGUGACACUCUCUCCUCCCUUUCUCUUCUCUUGGUCUACACCCUCAUUCCAUUUCCAUUCCAAUAUAUAUAUAUUAUUUUUCUAUUAUACAUCUCAGUUUCUGGUGCUCACAGGAACUAGUCAGUCUUCUUUGUCACUUCCCUGUUACCUGAUCCGAGUUGAGACUGAAGGCUGUUAAUCCCUCACAAUGGUUGCUGACGUAGACUCGGCGUCUCAGGACAGCGGUGUGCGGCUGAAGCAGGAGAUUUCGCUCCUCCAUGGGGUCUGUCUGAUCGUGGGAAAUAUGAUCGGCUCCGGUAUCUUUGUCUCACCUAAGGGGGUUCUUAAGUACACAGGCUCGUUUGGCCUGUCCCUGGUAGUGUGGGCCUUUGGAGGGAUAUUUUCAGUGUUUGGAGCUCUGUGCUAUGCUGAGCUGGGUACUACCAUCCGCAAAUCGGGAGCCUCCUAUGCCUACAUCCUGGAGGCCUUUGGAGGGUUCUUAGCUUUUAUUCGACUGUGGACAUCCUUGUUGAUUGUUGAGCCGGCUUGUCAGGCAGUGAUAGCUCUGACCUUCUCCAACUACCUGGUCCAGCCCUUCUACCCCACCUGUCCAGCCCCCUAUGUUGCUGUCCGCCUCAUCGCUGCUGUCAUCAUAUGUCUGCUGACUUGUGUGAACUGUAUGAAAGUGAAAUGGGGUGCUAUUCUUCAGGUCAUCUCCACCGUAGCUAAGGUCCUAGCUCUCAUCGUCAUCAUCAUUACUGGCCUGGUUAAGCUUGGACAAGGUUUUGACCAGAACUUUGAGGACUCAUUCAAAGGCUCCAAAUUGAACCCUGGUGACAUGGCCUUGGCCCUCUAUUCAGCACUCUAUUCCUACUCCGGCUGGGACACACUCAACUUCAUCACAGAGGAGAUCAAAAACCCAGAGAGGAAUCUGCCUUUGGCCAUCGGUAUUUCCAUGCCCAUUGUCACUGUGAUCUACAUCUUGACCAACAUAGCUUACUACGUCGUCAUGGACGUAGAAACAGUGCUCACCAGUGAAGCUGUCGCUGUGACAUUUGCAGAUGAGGUGCUGGGCUGGGCUCGAUGGCUGAUCCCGCUGUCUGUGGCCAUAUCCUGCUACGGAGGCCUCAACUCCUCCAUCAUCGCUGCCUCCAGGUUGUUUUUUGUUGGUUCCAGAGAAGGCCACCUGCCCAAUGUGCUGUGCAUGAUCCACAUCAAGCGUUUAACUCCAAUUCCUGCCCUGCUUUUUAAUGGUGGCAUGUCUCUGUUCUACCUGUCUGUGCCUGAUGUUUUCCAGUUAAUCAACUACUUCAGUUUCAACUACUGGUUGUUCAUCGGCUUGUCAAUAGCCAGCCAGAUCUACCUGCGCUUCAAAGCUCCUGAUAUGCACCGGCCUGUUAAGCUCUCUUUGUUCUUCCCGAUUGUCUACUGCCUGUGCAGCAUAUUCCUGGUUGUGGUUCCCCUCUACAGCGACACCAUCAACUCGUUGGUGGGAAUAUCUGUGGCGUUGUCCGGUGUACCGGUCUACUACCUUUGCAUCUACCUGCCAGCUAGCUCACGGCCAGCCUUCCUCAGAAACAUGCUUGAUCACCUCUCUCUGUACACCCAAAAACUGUGCAUGUGUUGUGUGACAUCGCCCGAUAUCGACCUGGACAAUUUAGACCCAGAGAAGAUCAAAUGAUGGAGCAACAAAACCCUUGUGAAAAUGAUGUAUGGAGGAAUGGAAGAGGAAGAAUGAACACAAAGGAAGCAGAGAGCUUCAGACAAUCAGGAUUUAGAUAAGUAUAGCUGGAUUGAUUUAACAGUGGAUGAAGAAACUCGAGAGGUGAGCUCGACACACCUCUUUCUUUCCUCCUCUCUCACGCACAAGCCAUAUAAAUGAAGAAGCAGGAUUUUACUCUGCAUGAUUACACAUUAUGCUCGGUGUAACCCUCCAAACAACAGCACUCUAUAGAUUAACUCAGUGGAACUUGAGCACAUUCACAUGCUGUUACACAGUACAGUGUUGGCUGUGUAAUUCCCUCCACACAUGUGCCCACACACCUGCAACCCACACGCACAUAAGAUGACAGAAAGUCUCAGGGUGACACUGCGACAAAUGGAAAGUAACUACCUGACCCACAAGGAAUUGACUUGGCAAACAUGCUUCAGUUGAUUUGUUCACAAACAGGAGGUUGUUGCAGAAGUACAUGUGUAUUUAAAUACAUUUACGCCUUAAAACGUAAAUGUUUCAAUUGGCAAAUUACCUGUCUGAUGUUGAUGCAAUCUAGUGUGUGGUUCUCAUAAAUGUAUUACAGUUCAUUUUUUUUAUGUUAGUUCAAACAUCAACUGAAUCGGUGUGGCAGCCAGACGAUGUCCAAAAACGUUGUUCUUGGGCUUUUUGACAGACUUCUGAAAACUGCGGCAAAUUUGCACAUCACAUAUCAAUCUGUUUUGUUGUACAACUACCUUGGUUAUAGAAAAGCUUUAUUCUUAUCUAUAAGUGUACUGGAUGACCAAAUGGACAGAUCAGUAAUAAUUAGCUUGGUUAGAAGAAGAAAGAGAUUAUUUACAAAAGUGCUGUUAUUUUUUUCAAGCUUGUUAUCAUGUGACAGUUGACUAUGAUUAUGAUGAUAAAUCCAUCUCUAUGUGCAUCCUGUUUUUGUUCUACUUCCAUAAAUCCUUUGAAUGCAUCUUCAGGGCUAUUUUUGAUUUCUGGUGCCACCUAGUGGUCGCUUAUAUUUACUUCCAGGGAAAAGCGAUGAGAUUUUUCCAUGUGUCAUUCAAGAGUCCAUCUAGAAUUUCCACAUUUUUGUUUAUGCUGUUUCUGUCACCUUGUUCUCUCUUCAAACACAAACCGGUGAAAGUAAUGUUACUUAAGGGUUAUGGAAAAAAAAAAAAGGUACACUUAUGUUGUGGGGUUUUUUCUGAAUCAAUCAAACGUACUUGCCAGACUCCUCUGGGUAAUGUUUGUCUUCAGAAUGCGGUUUUCUCAAACAAACGUAAACCAAUGUGCACACAUCGUUGCUGAUAUUUUUGAACUUUUUCUUUUUACCCAUUCUUGUCUUAAGAGUUUGUUUCACAAAUAGUAUAUUUAAUGUAAUGUUGCCUUGUGAAUAUAUCACCAAAUUGGACCAUUUAUUCACCGUGCAUAGCCAAAGGUCUUAAACGGGCUGAUAGUUGGACCAUCUUUCUGCUCACAGAGUGCUGUGAGCCAGUAGCAAAGUGUCUCUGCUUUCUGGUUUGAAAAUUAUAGCUGUAGUGAGUUGAGGUACAAGUAGAAACGAGUCAAACGGUGAUGUUUUGUGCUGUUGUCCUUAUAAUACUGUAUGUGCCUUCUGUGAGUGUGGUCCACCAAAGGCCCUGUCUAUUUUUGAUGAAGCUCAGUUAACUCUCAGCUGGAAAUAAUCAGGACCUGGAUUGAACUAUAUUUACUGUCUUGACUUAAGCACUUCCACAACACCAGCCAGAUAAUUGUUUAAUGUUGCUUCCUCUGGGAUCAGUGUCAUCAUGUAAACCAAGUACUAAACUAGUCCGUUUUGUGUGUGUUGUUUAGAAGAAAACCACCAUAUAUCUGCUGUGAAUACAGAAUAUUCUCAAUGUAUUUUCAUGUAUAGUUAUUGUAAGAAUUUCUUAUAUACUCAGAAAUCACAGAACUUGAAUGUUGCAGUAUAUUUGAUGUGUUUCUUCGGGUACCAAAUUCUGUGUCUGUUCUGGUUGGGUUGGGUUUGCUAAAGUUGUGAAUUCGUAGAAUUGGGUCUUAAAUGCUUGCUUUGAUGACUGUUUUUAUUUAUUAUGUGUUGGACAAACCAAAUGGCAAGACAUGCUUUUCAGUGGAGGAAGUCUUGUUUGCCCGAGACUGAUGCUUUAAGGUGCUGUGUUUUAUUUGAAUAAAGGCAAGU